UUAAACAAUCAGUUGUGCACAUGACUCGUUUGUAAAAUGAACAGCUCUUAUUUAGAAAUACUUUUGGCAGCUUGUGUUCUCCUAUUACCAUUUUUGUAUGAAUCUAGUCAAGCAUGUCGAUAUUACUUAAGAUUUACCAUUUACUACGUUUGGGUGAUGUUCUUUUCGGUUUGCCUCAUACCGAUAAUGGCCCUAAAGCCCGGUGAUGUCAGAAACUUUUUAUACGCAGCCUUUUGUUGUAAACACAUAUCGUCAGUAUUGGGAUUGAAAUGGAUUCUACGUGGGAAGGAACACUUGGAAGUGGAGCGUGCUUGCAUUAUAGUAUCGAACCAUCAAAGUUCAAUUGAUGUUUUAGGUUUAUUCGAUAUUUGGCAAAUUAUGGAUAAAUGUACGGUAGUGGCCAAAAAGGAGCUUCUGUAUGCAGGCCCAUUCGGUAUCGCUGCAUGGCUGUGCGGUUUAAUUUUCAUUGACAGGGUCCAUUCGCAUUCUGCACGGAACUCGGUUAAUGAGGCUGCAGAAAUUGUUAAACGCAAAAAGACGAAGUUAUGGAUCUUCCCAGAGGGUACAAGGAGAAAUACUAGUGAAAUACACUCAUUCAAGAAAGGAGCAUUUCACAUGGCAAUCUCCGCUCAAAUUCCCAUAUUACCCGUAGUUAUUACAAACUAUUACUUUUUAGAUUCGAAACAGAAACGUUUCGAUUGUGGGAAUGUUAUAAUGACAACUUUACCACCGAUUUCGACAGAGGGAAUGGGUGUAGGCGAUAUUGACAAACUGUUAGAGACAACCAGAAAUGCAAUGAUACCAGUGUUUCAUGAAACUAAUAAAGAAGUCAUGGAAUCUUUUGGCAUAUCCUCGGCUAGUGUGGGUUGAAAUCUUUAGUUUACUAGCAAAUUUUAGAUGUAUAAAACAUUAUAUAUUUUUUAUAACGUUAUAACAGUUUGGAUAACAGUAACGUAUCGAAAAUAACGAUCUCAAUGUAGAGUGCAUGCCAUUUAAGACCACCUUGAGAUUAAAUAAAUCAGUCUGCUGUAAAAAUGAGAUUUACAUAAAACACUAUUCGUU